GCUCUUCAAAAAACUGGGACCUGGGGCGCCCGGUCGGCGUGAGCACUCCUGCCUCGACCCUUUCGUGGCCGCAGAUCUGAGCUGCCUGGCCUCAGUUUCCCUCCGGCCUUUCUCCUCGGGCAGCCCAGACUGCUGUCCGGUAUUGUUCUCGCUCUCAAAGCGGGGUGGGGUGGGGGUGCUUUGGUGAAAGCUGCCAAGUUGAGAUGUAUUCUCUACAUCCCGUUUUUCACAAAGAACCAGGCUUCUAAGGCUCACCAGGGACAACAAGCCCCUCUGCCCAGCACUUCACUUUGAGGCACUGAUUUUCCCCCCCUCCUCGUCAAGUAGUGUUUUAUUGUACGGAGACACGCCCUGGUUUCUUAAAGGUGCCCUGCGCUCUGUUUGGCCAUGUGUUAUCUCUGCAGCUGGUGUGUGGGAGGCCUCCUGUGAGCCACCUUUUUUUUUUCUUUACCCCUGCCUGCUGCUACGUCCUCCCACCCACCCGUCAAGGAUUUGGGGAUGCCAGGGGGGAAGAAGGUUGUCGGGGGCGGCAGUACCGGCGCUGCCCCCACCGCCGCGGCUGUCCCUUCUGGGGUCCGGCGUCUGGAGACCAGCGAAGGAGCCUCGGCCCAGAGAGAUGAUGAGCCAGAAGAAGAAGGGGAAGAGGACCUACGAGAUGGAGGCAUCCCCUUCUUUGUUAACCGGGGUGGGCUGCCUGUGGACGAGCCCACCUGGGAAAGGAUGUGGAAACACGUGGCCAAGAUCCACCCCGAUGGAGAGAAGGUGGCUCAGCGGAUCCGUGGGGCCACGGACCUGCCCAAGAUCCCCAUACCGAGUGUGCCUACGUUCCAGCCCUCCACGCCUGUCCCUGAGCGCCUGGAAGCGGUGCAGCGCUACAUCAGGGAGCUGCAGUACAAUCACACAGGGACACAGUUCUUUGAAAUUAAGAAGAGCAGACCUCUGACAGGGCUGAUGGACCUGGCCAAGGAAAUGACCAAAGAGGCUCUGCCAAUCAAAUGCCUGGAAGCGGUAAUCCUGGGAAUUUACCUCACCAACAGCAUGCCCACCCUGGAACGCUUCCCCAUCAGCUUCAAGACUUACUUCUCAGGGAACUACUUCCGCCACAUAGUGCUGGGGGUGAACUUCGGGGGUCGCUACGGGGCGCUGGGCAUGAGCCGGCGCGAGGACCUGAUGUAUAAGCCACCCGCCUUCCGCACGCUCAGCGAGCUCGUGCUGGACUACGAGGCCGCCUACGGCCGCUGCUGGCACGUGCUCAAGAAGGUGAAGCUGGGCCAGUGCGUGUCCCACGACCCGCACAGCGUGGAGCAGAUCGAGUGGAAGCACUCGGUCCUGGACGUGGAGAGGCUGGGCCGCGAGGACUUCCGCAAGGAGCUGGAGCGGCAUGCCCGCGACAUGCGGCUCAAGAUCGGCAAAGGGACCGGCCCUCCGUCUCCCACCAAGGACCGGAAGAAGGAUGUAUCCUCCCCACAGCGGGGCCAGUCCAGCCCCCACCGCAGGAACAGCCGCAGCGAAAGGCGGCCUUCCGGUGAGAAGAAGCCUUCAGAGCCCAAAGCCAUGCCAGACCUCAAUGGGUACCAGAUCCGGGUAUGAGGCGGGUGGCAGCGCCCCCUGCCUCACCCACUUCCCGGGGACCAGCAUCCUCCAGCCAGACCAGCCUCGCUCCUGGGGAACGCGGGGCUGAUGACGGGGCGAGCGUGUCCCAGCUCAGCCUCCCAAGCUGCUGUCCCUCCGCUGGGCCAGGCCCUCUACCUGUGGACCAAGAGGCAGUGAAGAGUUGAAUUGUAAGGUUUUAACUUGAUAACCUGAAAUUUAAAGUAUUGGGAAAAAAAAAACUUAAAAACUAGUGAAUCUGGCCAGUGGCCGGAAGGCCAGUGCUUAGAAGAUUCUAAGUGUCGUGGGGCCGGGUGAGGAGGGGUUGCCGGGUCUGGCUGGUACCCCUGCCCAUGUGUCUGGGGUUUGGGUCCAUCCUCCCCAUGGGAAACCUCCCAGCUCUGCUUGGGCCGUGGCAGGAUAGGGGAGCGAUGUUUCUCCAGUCCUGGCUGCCCUGGCAGCGUCAUGACCCAGGGAAAGGAAAGCAGGGUAGGAAGCACCCCGAGAAAGGUCUGCGUGGUCCAUAUCGGGAGCUUAGCACAGGCCCCGUGUGCCCCCAAGAGCCAGAGUGUGUGGCCCAGGAGGGUCCUUGGAGCCCCACGGACAAUGCUAUGUGGGUGGACACUGCCCAGUGGUAGCGCCCAGUGCUGGGAUGCACUGGACGAGAGCCUGGGAGAGAGCUGCUGGGGGAGAGAGUUCCCAGACCCCUCCCUGACCCCCUUGCUCAGCCCAGCUCUGCUUGUUGCUGCAGCUGGGGCCUCCCUACAAAGGGGCCGGGCUUGGCCGGGGGCCCAGAGAGGCACUGGGCUCGGCGUGACUGUGGGGAUCUGAACAGACCUGGUGGGUCCAGGAACCAUGGCUGAGAAUGGGAUGGGACCCUCAGGCCUGGGUCAGGAAGCCCCAAGGGACUGCUUCCCCCUUCCUGUUACCUCAGCCCCUGCUAGGGAAAUGAAGAGCAGGCCACAGAGGCCUGUAUCCCAGCCCCCGCUCCCCUAUUCAGCAGCCUGGGUUAGGUGUGGAGGGCCCAGCGAUGAUCUGGCCUGGGGCAUGAGGCAGCUGAGGAAGGGCCUGAGCUGCUGGAGUCUGCACCAUCUGCCUGGCGGGCAAGGGAGAGGUUGUGGAGAGAAGUUGGCGGAACUGGAGGAAGGUUCUGGAGGCUCAAGAAACAGCAGAGGUGGGAGGCAAAGGGAGCAGUGUGGCCACUGGGGAGAGGCAGAGCCCAAGAACUAGGGAGUGUAAGUGAGAAAAGAAGGUGUGGGAGAGUUUAGAACCUUGGGGAGUAGUGAGUUCCCCGUUGCUGGAGGUAUUCAAGCAAAGAUUAGAUGGUUGCUUGUCAUCUAGAGAGCUAUAGACCUGAUUUAGGUUACAGAAGGAUAACUGGAGGAGAUGACCAUUAAGGUUUCUUAAUACUGAGAGGCAGCUGUCAGUAAGGUUGCCUAGAGACUGAGGGCCUGACUGAGCUCUGAAAGAGGAAAGACCACAAAGCCCAGAGUUGUGAACUCAGAUUUCCCCAGGGCCAAGCAGCUGAUUGAAAGGAGGGCUGCAGGGCUGGGUGGGGACUGUGGCCAACUAAAGAAGGCACAGCCUCAGCCCCUGCUGCUCACCGGGUCUAAGGCAGGCCCUGCAUACUAGAUUGCCAGAUGUUUUUUCAUUGCAGAACUCUGAAUUUUUAUGUGAAAUAUGCAUAUUUUUAAAUGGUGGCAAUCAACUCAGAAAAUUUAAAAGCCCAACUUGAAAAAGAAUGACCGUCUGUAAUCUUAAAGAGAGUAGCAAGAGCUUGGGCUGGGCAGAUGGAUGCACUGAGAUGGCAUGGAGAUGGAAGGGAUGGAAGUUCUAGGCAUCCCAGAACAGGCUGGACCAAGGCAGCAUCCUUGCCACAGCGGCUGCUCCCAGAUAGGCAGCUGCCUCCUUCCCACUCGACUCUCCCAGCAGACCAGAGACACUCAGUCGUGUCCAACUUAUUGCAACCCCAGGGACUGUAGCCCGCCAGGCUCCUCCAUGCGUGGGAAUUUCCAGGCAAGAAUACUGGAGUGGGAGGCCAUCAUCCUUCUCCAGGAGAUCUUCCCUGACCCAGGGAUCGAACCCGGGUCUCCCGCAUUGUAGGCAGACGCUUUACCGCCUGAGCCACCAGGGAAGAGGGGGUGGAGUGGAAUAGAAACAGUGCCAUUCUCAGUCUGCUGGGGAGAUGGAUGAGGCCCGAGGAGCCAAGAAAGGGAGAGACGGAGACAGCAUGCGUCUGCUGACGCGGGUGCCCACAGGAGAGGCCCCAGGCUGGCAGCUCUGCAGACCAGCAGCUCCUGGCCCAGAGUCAGGCCAGGCAGAGAAGCCGGCUGCUCACUCCCUUGGGUUCCUCCUGGCUCAAUGGGCCCUUGGCGAGGUGCUUAAGCUGCCUGCUGGGCUACAUCACGGCCAGAGCAGUCUGGGGGCCACUGUGAGCCCCAACUCAGCCUCCCAUCCCAUCCUAGUUUUCAGGAGGCGGGCCGUGGGCCCCCACGUUCACACCUUCACCUGGGGCAGAGAUGGAUCCAUUUGGGAGGCAUGAGGCUGAAAACGGGGCCUUUUGUGGGUGUGGAGGCGGGUGCCUUGUGAUGUCCACCCAGCAGGUGAACCACAGAGCUUGAGGGUGAGACGUCAGGGGGUUCUGGGGUCAGGGAGACGUGGGGGAGAGCUGCUCCUGGCACGGGAACCCAGCAGGUGCUCUGCUCCCCCGGCUCCCCCCUGAGCCCCUUGGGGAGAAGGAAGCAGAAUGCAGCCCCAGCUGCUGUCUGCGGGGGAGAGAGCCAGAGCCCCCACCAAGAAGCCCCUAGCACUCCCUGCCUGUUUCCUCGCUGAGACCUCGGGCCUGUGGACACCCAUGGGACACAGCGGUGCUUUUUCAAUUUAUUUUUUAACACAUUUCACAUAUGUAGCAAGCCCUCCUCCCCUCCUGGGCGUGUUUACACAGGCUCUGCUCCACGCAGGGCCAGCCUGGCUGCAGUUUCUGGGGAGGCAGGGGGCAGGGACUUGGGGCCUUAGUCACCAUCGUCAGCAUCACCUCAUCUCACUUCCCAUGAGGGACCAGGUCCGGCUCCUCCAGACUCAGGGCUGCCUCCCAGCACUCAGUGUGGGCUCCUCUGUCCCUGGGGGUCGGGGCUCCUAGCUGGUGAGGGGUCAGGGGAGGUCAGAGAAAGCUGUGUGAUGAAGGUGGGCUGGCACGGCGGGAUAGUGACUGCUCCCCAAGGCCAGGCUGCCUGUACCCUGUGCGGGCUGCCGGGUCAAAACACUGGCAACCUGGGUUUCCAGCCAUGUCCCACCCACUCACACCUGCUGGUCCUCUCCCUCCCGCGGCCUCAGCAGAGUCACCAUCCCCUGGCCCCUCUCAGCAGCCACCUCACCAUGCCCUGGCCCCUCUCAGCCACAUCCUUCCUGAGCGUGGCCAGGUUUGGAGAGCUGCACCUCCCACCCCUAAGGUGCCAUGACGAAGCCUAGAGCCAGGGUUCUGAGCUGCAGGGAGAGCCCGCGUUUGCCCACGUCUGGUUUCUGGCCCUGGGUCAUUUCACACCAUCCCCCCCUAUCCUGCCGCUUCCAACUUGGACUUGACUCCCUGGCCCAGGGACCGGGUCUCCUUCUGAGCAGGAGCAUUCCCAGAGGCCUGUGUGCCUGGGGUCCUGCCUGGGUGGUUUUCAGCUUAGCUUUGUUGGCUUCCCCCAGGCCCACCCUCUGGCCUCGAAGUACAAGGCAAGUGUGAGCUGGGGGCCUAGCCUAUGAACUGUGUUCUGAGUGCCAGAGCCCCGCUGUGUUAAACUCCCCACCUCCCUUGUCCCACUGAGAACCCAGGGAAGGGCAGGGAGGUGCGUGGGGCGGGAGGGGAGGUCUCACCCCGACCAGGCAGGGCUGGGGAGGUGCUAGCUGCAAGUCUGUUGGUGUUGCCCCCCACCCGACUCUUGGUGCUCCAGAGUCCCAAGUCUCCCUUUUUCUUCCAAGUCUGAUGAGGAGAGAUCGGGCGCUUGGCCUGGGGCUUGGUGAUGGUCUCGGCUGCCGUGCUGUACUGGACUUUGCUGUUCUUCUUGUAUCAGUAUUGCCCCCCUCCCCCUUUCCCUUUUACACUUCGUCUCAUUCCUGUUCUCACUUUUUCCUUGAAAAGAAUAAAGUCUCCCCCCAGCUCGGCUGUGUGGGCUGGGCAGAGACC